CUUGGUAUCAUUCCUCCCGUUUUUCUGGCCUAUAAAAGAACGGAAACUUUGACCAGAAGCAUCAGAAAACCAGUGACCGUUCUACGGAAAACAUCAGACAGGAAAACUUAUUUUGCCAGCCCAGUGUUUCGCUCUAAAAAUCCUUUUAAAUAUGAAAUCCAUGCUGCUCAACGCAAUUUUAGUGUUAGUGCUUCUCGCAGAAUUCAGUUCAGCUGAGCUGGACCACGACAAGAACCGGCGAGGUGCCAAUAUGGGACUCUAUGCCUUUCCGCGCGUCGGUCGCGGAGAUCCCAGUUUGGCCAACAGUCUGCGCGACGGAUUAGAAGCUGGGGUCCUCGACGGCCUUUACGGCGAUGCCUCCCAGGAGGAUUAUAAUGAGGCCGAUUUCCAGAAGAGGGCCAGCGGUCUGGUGGCCUUCCCACGCGUCGGUCGCGGCGACGCGGAGCUGAGGAAGUGGGCCCACCUCCUGGCCCUCCAACAGGUGCUGGACAAGCGCACAGGACCCAGUGCCUCCUCGGGAUUGUGGUUCGGUCCCCGCCUCGGCAAACGCAGCGUGGACGCCAAAUCAUUUGCGGAUGCCAACAAGGGACAAAAAGAAUUCAACUAGACGCACCACAAACGGACUUCCUUUGACACUCUAAAUGUAGUAAACACUUUUGUAUAUCAAAGAGAACGCUUCUGAUUGAAUAUUGUAACGGGUACACAGCAAAUAUGUUUUUCGGUCAAAUAUAUAUGGGUAAUUAAUGGCUGGUGAGAGCUUGUAAUUAAUGUCUUUGUGUGUUGUUCUUGACAUUCUCAAUAUGUAAAUAUAAUAAAACCACUAACAUAACCUGCAUAA